AUGAGGAAGUUGACUUUUCCUACAAAGAGGCCUGCCAAAGGUUUCACAAGGCUUGUCGAAAUAGUUAACAAGCUAGUCUAGGAAAGGAGACUGGACUUCGUUGUGGGACUUUAGUAUCGUUUAUAGCAAGUCUUACAUUUAUACAGCCCUACAUUUAUUGCUAUUUAGCUUACUCGGUGUACGCUAGCGUACGUGGUUAACCGGAUAGCUAAGCUAGCUGGUUCUAGCUAAGGACUAUAGUCGGUGGAGGCUAGCUCAGCUAGUAGUGCUAGCACUACUGACGAGUCAUUAGGGAGGCGUAUCAAGUGUUAAGACAUGAAACCCAGUAACGUCACUGCAUAAAGGUUCCAAAGAUAUCCAGCAAACAAGGCUGGGCAGUAGGUAACGUUAGCCGUUAACUUGAGCAACACAACGCGAUAGACGUGGGAUAGCUACUUUUCAGGAUCAGCUUGCCGUCACUUCAAACGGCAUAGUUACUACUGUACAGUCCUGUACUAGUUCUCUUUUGUCGACUUUUAACAACUGGAAGUUUAAACAUGUCUCUAGGUGAUCAAAGCCAGCAGUGGUAUCCCACAAGUGUUCAGGUAACGGUGCUACAGGCUCGGAAUUUGCGCAUCAAGGGAAAGAAUGGAACAAAUGACGCCUAUGCCAUUAUGCAGUUGGCAAAAGACAAGUUUUCUACCUCCGUUGCCGAUAAAUGUGUGGCCCCUGUUUGGAAGGAAGAGGCUACGUUCGAUUUGCCACUGUUCCAUCAAAGCAAUGCUGAACGCUGCACACUUCAUAUCAUAGUUAUGCAUAGAGCACAGGUGGGACUUGACAAGCACCUUGGACAAGCUGUGAUCAACCUAAUAGAGCUUCACGACAACAAAUCUCGCAAAAAAAACGAUUGGUUCAAGCUGGUUGACAAGAAUGGCAAAGAAGACAAGGUUCGAGGGGAGGUGUUGCUGGACGUCCAGUUCAUGAGGAACAACCUGUCCGCCAGCAUGUUUGAUCUCUCAAUGCAAGACAAACCUCGCUCUCGCAUUUCCAAGCUGAAAGACAAAGUCCGGGGGAAGAAGAAGGAGGGCUUCUCUGACUCCGCCUCCGCCAUCGUGCCCUCGGUCAGCCAUGUUCUGACGGACAGCGAGGGGGAGGAAGGCGGACACCUCGACUCGCCAGAGGCCAAGAAGAAGUCCAAGCUCAAAUCCCUCUUCACCCCCAAGUCCAACUUGCAGCGCAACAUCUCCCAGUCCAUGUCCACACUGGGGACUCUGCCUGAGAAGAACUCUUCCCUGAGUGGGAGUCGCUCGUCAGGUCUCAAUGUUGAAUCUCCAGAUGUGAAAAAGAAGUUCAAGUUCCUGGGCCAUAAGCGCACAGGCAGCAACGACAGCAAGGUGUCCCUGGGUCCGUUCUCCCUGCUGGGCCGCUCCAAGCAGAGCGCCAACGACCAGAACAACCUGUGCAUCAACGGCAGCCACGUGUACGCAGAGGAGGCAGAGCCAAAGUCCGGCUCCACCCUCAGCCUCAACAGCUCCGGCCAGGGCUCCAUAGAAGAUGUUCGCCGGCACGACUCGGACGUCUCCGCCGACUCCCUCAAAGGCCUGGCCGUGCCGUCCUACCGGCAGGAGCCUGCAGACAGAGACCGAGCCCUGCUGGAGCAACGGCGCCACCAGGAAGAGGAGGAGAGGAGACGGGCGGAGGAGAGACGCAGGGCAGACGCCAAGAGACUGCAAGAGGAGGAGGAGGAGGAGGAACGUAAGCAGCAGGCAGAGCAGGAGAGGAGGAAGAGGUUCCUGGAAGACGAAGCGCGGAGGAAGAAGCUGAAGGAGGAGGAAGAAGAGAGGAGGAAGAUGGGGAAAGACGAGGAGGAGGAGAGGAAGAAGAAGUCCAAGGAGGAGGAGGUGGAAGAGAGGAGGAGACAGGGGGAGGAGCACAGGCGCCUGCAGGCAGAAGAGGAGCGCCUGAGGCUGGAGGAGGAGCAGAAACGGCAGGAGGAAACCAAGAGGGAGGAGGAGAAGAAACGCCAGGAGGAGGCCUCCAUGUCCGACAGGCUGUCCACGCUGUUCGGCAUCAUCAAAAAGAAGGAGGAGCCGCAGCAGCAGAGCAGCAGCAUUAAGGAGGAGGUGCCCAAGCCAGCCCCCUGGAAAACCUCAGGAGAUUCGGAAAUCCCUGGCCCUCGCCACUCCUCCAACCCGUUUGAAGAGAUCCCACUCAGUCUGGACACCCCAAACACUUCUGAGGAGACCCCGGGUGUUCCUCAGAAACCCCAGCGAACCCCCCAGGUUCCCUCAGCCAUGGUGUUCCUCAAUCGCACAGCCAAGGUGUCUGCAGUCAAGCCCAGAUUGGUUGAGUCUAAGGAACCUGAAAGCCCAGGCUCACAGGGGCCGCAAUCUCCUCCCUCUCCACCUUCCAGUGAAUCCUCCCUCAGCAGCGUCCCCUCUGAGUCCCCCGUCACGUUCUCCAGCCUACACUUCUCGCUGGCACCCCGAAACACGAGAAGAAGCUCAGAGUCCCACAGCAGCACAGAGAACCUGAGCGUUGUGGUAUCCCACCCCAACAUGUCUGACAAGAAGCGACAAGCCCCCCUGCCACCGGGCAUUGGAAACCCCAACGCGAGCUCCAGAAGUUCUCCCAUGAAAUCUUCUGCUUCAGGUAGCAGCCUGCUGCCUAUAACUGAGGGUGAGAUCUCUGGAGAGAGUGAGAUGGCCGGAGCCAAGCAUGGCAAAAGACCAGCCUUACCUCUUCCUGACUACGAAAGUCUGUUUCCAGUGAAGAGGCAUGGAGUUCAAGGUCAGACUCGAUGGGAUCAUAUCAUUGCGGAGGUGAACCAGAAACAGAGGGUAUACAUGCCUCAGGUAGCUGCAAAGGAGAUGAGUGUCGAUGGGCCAGAAGAUGAGUCUCAACACAAAAAUAGAUCCAUCUCCUCGCAACCAAGGACUGCUUUGCUCCCAAACCCACAAGCGACUCAACCGAAGGAAGUUACGGCUAUUUCCUAUAGAAAACAUCCGGCUCCGGUCCCUCCCAAACCGGUAGUUGUAGCGUCCCCUAGACUAGUGCCAGAGGUCAGCCCGGCUCAGAACCAGAGUUCUGCACGGGCAAAUGUCUCUGUUGAGAAGAUCAAUGUCUCUUCUUCCACAGUUAUCCAUUUGAAGCCCAGCAGAGAAAUACCCUCAGUGAAACCUAAAGUUGACCCAAGGAGGGUUCUGAGUAAAUCUCCCCUCACGGUCAUCGAUGCCAAGUCUGCGUCUCAGAUGGAGAGUCCAAGACCUUCGCAAGACGUUUUGGAGUCAAGAUCCACCAAUAACCUGAAUGCAACGUCAUCGAAUAGUCCUAAGGAGCUUCCCACUGCCAAACCAAGACAAAAAGUUGCCAGCAAAGAGCCAGUUCAACAAGCAAAUCCGGAAAAGGGAAGCAUCGAAGAGCGGGAAAAGUUGAAGACGGCCAACCCAGACUUGAGAAGGACCAGUCCAGUGAUGAUGAAACAUACUGAUGUGAAUUCAAGGAGAGAGAAAAAACCAAUGCCUAACUCUACUGAUGGGGCCGACAAGAAACAGAUACUGCAAAGAAUAACGGAAGCCAAAGAGAAGUUAAUUGAACCCGACACGUUCCCAAGCUCUGCGGUACUCUCCAAAGACCCAUGGGCACUCCCAGAGCAGAGCCAUGGAGAAGAGGAUCUGUUCACUGGGAGGAUACAGAAAGAACAUAAGCCACAAGAUGAGAAAAUGACCCCUGGUGACCAGAAAGCAAUUUUUACUGCAGAUAACUCAACGGAGCUUCCAAAGGAAGUAAAAGCAUACCAGUCUGACUCAAGUGAUCUAAGUCCUUUUCAGAGGGACAUUUCACAAAGAAAAAAAUGGGCAUCUCCAUCUCCCCGUAGCUCAGACAAGCAAGGUUCCCUAGAUAAACAAGACUUAUCUAGAGCAGAGGGAACCAUGACAACCACCUCAGAAUAUCCUAGACUGGAUAGACACGAUUCUCAAGUGGACUCUUCAGUGCAAAACUAUAUCGAUGGUAGAGAAAGGUUGGAAACCCAAGCAAGAGAAAAGAACACUGCUGUCGAUCAGCUGGCCUCGCUCUCUUCCUCCCCCAUUCCCUCAGUCCUGACUACGUCAGAUGUCUUUCAGUCGGGUGUUGGAGAAACAAGUCCCCAGGCUGGUGUUCUGUCUGGGGGUAAGACUCAGCCAAAGGCCUGGGUGGCACCCUCAGAGGCACAGCUUAAUAGCAGUGGAGGUGGGCCUGCCCCAACACCACGCAGGCCUCAUCCAGUCAAGCCCAUGAACACAGGGGAGACCCAGGCCCCCACCAACACCCCCGUAGGGAGAGAAUUAAAGACCCUUGACUUCACCACAGGGAAGAUAAAGAUACCGCCGGCUAACAUGGUGACUGGAACGGCAGGAAGUGGGCCUUAUACUCAGCUGACCCAGGAGGAGCUGAUCACACUGGUGGUCAAGCAGCAGACGGAACUCACCAAGAAGAACGACAAGAUCAUGGAGCUGGAGGAGUACAUCGAUAACCUGCUGGUUCGUGUCAUCGAGGAACAACCCAGCAUCCUGCUUGGCCUCAACUCUUCCAAGCAUGCCUUUUGAGACGCCAGGCGAUCUUGCGGAGCUUAGGGUAGGGAGUUCUACUUAAAUACCCUGUUAUGGUUAACAACCCCCCCCCCCCCCCAUCUCCCAAGCUCUCUCUUAAUCCUCUUUUUAAAUGUCUUACAUACUUAAAGCACUUUUCUUUUCUUCAGUGUCCAACUAAGACGCCAUGUUUCGUUUGAGAGGAGUGGUGGUAUUAAAAUAGUAUAGUGCUGGAACAAUGGGUGGGUGUCAUUAAGGUACCUAGGCAACAACAUGCACACAACUGGAUCACAUCAACAUAUAUGUGGAUGUAUUUUAUUUUAUUUUUUUCACACCGUGGUACUGGAAAUGCUUUUGAUUCUAUAUGAUCUGUUCUGCUUUAAUGUUCAUUUAUAUGUUUCUCAUUGUGCAUCAUGUUACUGGACAAACUACAAAUGCUUAAUUCUGUAUCUCUCGCUCUAUUCUUGACGGACUAGUUUUCCUAUUAAGAAUAAUUCAGCUACUUUUCAUUUCUUAUACUUUACUCUCAUUCCAAAGCCUUAAUGCAGCUGUUGUUGUUCUACAUUUAGUUGUUAAUGAUUUAAUAAUCUUCAGAAUUCCUUUUCUAUUUGUGUGAGAAGUGAAAGUUUCACAACUUUCUUGGUACUGUCAAACAAAUAAUCAAAUACCAAAUCAAGUGUACUGCAUAAGAAUUAUGGCAAUACACGGUACCAGCCUAAAACGUCAAGCUGAAAUACCAUGCCUUAUAUAAUUCAUUUUCUGAAAUACUGUAUUGUUAAUAUUAUUUGUUGUCAAUCUUGCUUAUUUAGCUAAUUCCCAAAAAACACUUUCUUAGUAUCAUUCCUGACGUUUUACCUCAAUAUACUGUUACUCGUGUUGUUAUUUCCAAGUGUUUUUGUUGUUGAAAGCCUGACACUGUAAAAAGAGGAUGUUUUUGAGGUUGUAAGGUGACUGUAUAGACUAUAGGCAGUUGUGAUGGACCGGGAGGGAAAUGGAACCACUAAUAAUUAGUUUCUCUUAUGUAUUUAUUAUUAUCAUGAAUUGUAUGAUUCCUAGUGUUGCCAUGGUCUGUGCAGAGCACAAUCAUUUGUCCUCUCAAAUAUUUAUGAAAACUCUGGAUACAAUCAUUCAAUAUAUUUAUGCAAAAACCUAAUGCUAGAAACAAAUUUUAUGUUCUUCCUAUGAAAAUGUAAAUGUGGUUAGACACUAAAUCACAGAAGAAUCUUACUGAACCAUAAGAAUAAAUACCUUUUUAAUAAGUAAGCUCUCAUAUAGAUGAUGGCGGCUAAGAAAAUUCCAGCAAGUCUGAAUGUAAUUUCCUAUACUAUGGUACACAGAUACUGUGACCAUGCCUCUGCUGUAAUGUCAUAGCAAUAAGAAAAUUGUGAACAGUAGAAUGUUAUAAAUUGUGCCUUUUAAAAACUUCCUUUUAUUUAAGAAUGGCCUUUUUUGAACCUCUUGACAGUUACUGGUGUUAAAUAACUAAAAGACUGCUGAAUGUCAAACCAGAAUCUGUUUUGCAAAGAAAUUGACUGUUUAAGAAUCUUACAAAGGAUUGUGUCAUUGUACACUUUGACGUUCUAAUUGAAAUAAAAUAACACUAUACCUACCUA